GCAAAAAGAGAAAGAAGGGACAGACACAGUCACAGCAGAGAAACACGAACGUCUUCUACCAAAGUCAUCGAGUGUCUCGGGAGAAACGCGCCGAGUCACUGGGCAAUGGCCGCCAGUUUCGUGGCUGCACCGUCUGGUUCACCGGCCUCUCCUGCGCCGGGAAGACCUCCAUCUCGAUGGCGGUGGAGGACUACCUGGUGCGCCACCAGAUCAACGCCUACGUCCUCGACGGCGACAACAUCCGCCAUGGGCUCUGCUCCGACCUCGGUUUCAGCAAGGCCGACCGGAAGGAGAACAUUCGCCGCAUAGCGGAGGUGUCCGCCCUGGCCGCCGACGGCGGCACCAUCAGCCUGGCCAGCUUCAUCAGCCCCUUCGCCGAGGACCGGGCGCGGGCGCGGGCGAUUCACGAGAAGGCCGCCCUCACCUUCCUCGAGUGCUUCGUCGACACGCCGCUGGAGGUGUGCGAGCGGCGGGACAUCAAGGGGCUGUACAAGAAGGCAAGGGCGGGGCAGAUUGCCGGCUUCACCGGCAUCCACCAGGCCUACGAGCGCCCGGAGGCGCCCGAUCUGGUGCUGAAGACGGCGGAGGAGACGGUGGAGCAGUGCGUCCAGCGGGUCAUUGACCUGCUCAUUAAGAAGGGCAUCAUCAACCUCGACCUGGUGAACGACGAGCACGAGCUCUUUGUGGCGGAGGCGGAGCUGCCGGGGGCGCUGGCUCGGGCCGCCCGCCUGCCCACGCUGGAGCUGAAGACGAUCGAUCUGCAGUGGGUGCAGGUGCUCUCCGAGGGCUGGGCGACGCCCCUCAAGGGUUUUAUGCGCGCCGACGAGUACCUGCAGUGCAUUAACUUUGGCCUGCUGAUCAAGGACAAGAUCCACAAUCAGACGAUACCGAUUGUGCUGGCGAUUGAUGAGGCGGCCAAGGGGAGGAUUGAGGAGAAGAAGGGCGUCACCCUGACCUACGGCGGCCAGGCGGUGGCCCUCCUCGAGGACUACGAGAUCUUCCCGCACCGGAAGGAGGAGCGGGCGGCGGCGGUCUUCAAGACCACCAACCCCGGCCACCCCUCGAUUCGCAUGAUCCUGGACAGCGGCGACUGGCUGAUUGGCGGCGACCUGAGGGUGCUGGUGCGGAAGGUCGUCUGGGGGGACGGCCUGGACGCGUACCGCCUCAAGCCAAGUGAAAUCAGGGCGCGGCUGAAGGCGAUGCAGGCGGACGCCGUCUUCGCCUUUCAGCUGCGCAACCCCAUCCACAACGGCCACGCCCUGCUGAUGACCGACACGAAGCGGCAGCUGCUGGCGCGGGGCUACCAGAAGCCGGUGCUGCUCCUCCACCCGCUGGGCGGCUGGACCAAGGACGACGACGUCCCGCUGGCCGUCCGCAUCCGCCAGCACCAGGCCGUCCUCGAGGCGGGCGUCCUUGAGGCAGGUAGCACGCUGAUGGCCAUCUUCCCCUCGCCGAUGUCCUACGCGGGCCCCCGGGAGGUGCAGUGGCACGCCAAGGCGCGCCUGGUGACGGGCGCCAACUUUUACAUUGUGGGGCGGGAUCCGGCGGGCAUACCGCACCCUGAUUCACUAAUUUCCGGCGGAAAGUCCACCGACCUCUACGACCCCGACCACGGGCGGAAGGUGCUGCGGAUGGCGCCCGGGCUGGCCAAGUUUGAGAUCAUUCCCUUUCGGGUGGCCUCCUACAAUGUCAAGCAGCGGAGGAUGAUGUUUGAGGAGGAGGGGGAGGGGGAUGGCCUGACCGACCCAGCUGACUUUGAGCGCAUCUCGGGGACGAAGAUGAGGGCCCUGGCUAGGGCCGGCCAGUCGCCGCCCGCCGGCUUCAUGGCGGAGGCCGCCUGGAAGGUGCUGGCGGACUUUUAUGCCGCGGAGGGAGGCAAACAAAAGUGA